AGCUUAGGUGAAACUGGUGUCAUCCUAAUCGGAUGAAGCCAGACGUGGAAUAGUUGGGUGUGAAACUCUUUUUAAUAUUCUACGGUUAUCCCCAGCUAAUCUUUGAUCCUAUAAUUCUCCUUACGUCAAGUUUUCUGCAGAAUACUCUCCCAAUCUCUUCUCUUCGUUAUUUCUCACUUUGCGUGUGUAAGAUUUCUCUUCUUCGGAAUAAUACAUAAAUAGCUGAAACCAUGAUUCAGACUAGUCCACGCUUAUACAAUUUGAUUCAAUAUUUACGUCUGGGUUCUUUAUCUCAGCUUGGAGCUUAUAUUUGGUACUCAUCACAAGCUGCAUCUUCUCUACAGCAAUUGAACAAACCAUUGGCUUACAGUGCUAAUGGUGAGGAUGAGCACGCUAAUGUGGACUGGGAUAAUCUUGGAUUUGGUUUCAUGCCAACUGAUUACAUGUACACAAUGAAAUGUUCUAAAGAUGGAAGUUUUGAACAAGGACAACUUAGUCGGUAUGGAAAUGUUGAAUUGAGCCCUUCUGCAGGAGUCCUGAAUUAUGGACAGGGGUUGUAUGAAGGCACAAAAGCAUAUAGAAAAGAAGAUGGCCGUUUACUUUUAUUUCGUCCAGAUCAAAAUGCCAUCCGCAUGAAGAUGGGUGCUGAUAGAUUGUGCAUGCCAUGCCCCUCCAUUGAUCAAUUUGUUGAUGCAGUGAAAGGAGUUGCUCUUGCCAACAAGCGUUGGGUUCCUCCUUCAGGGAAAGGAACUUUAUAUAUUAGACCUUUGCUAAUGGGAAGUGGUCCGGUAUUGGGUUUGGGUCCGGCACCUGAAUACACAUUCCUUAUAUAUGCUUCUCCUGUUGGCAACUAUUUUAAGGAGGGCUUGGCACCCUUGAACCUAUAUAUUGAGGAGGAGUUUCAUCGUGCCUCUCGUGGAGGAGCUGGCGGUGUUAAGUCCAUCACGAAUUAUGCACCUGUUCUGAAAGCCAUAGCCAGAGCAAAAAGCAGAGGAUUUUCUGAUGUACUGUACCUCGACUCAGUGAAUAAAAGAUAUCUGGAAGAAGUCUCUUCAUGCAACAUUUUCCUUGUAAAGGGCAAUGUAAUUUCCACUCCAGCUGCAAAUGGGACUAUUCUGCAAGGUGUCACUCGAAGGAGUGUGAUUGAAAUUGCCGGUGAUCAUGGUUACCAGGUUGAAGAACGAGCUAUUUCAGUUGAUGAAUUGAUGGAUGCUGAUGAAGUCUUCUGCACUGGAACUGCAGUUGGUGUUGCUCCAGUUGGCAAUAUCACAUAUCAGGAUAGAAGAGUUGAAUACAAAAUCAGAGCUGAAUCUGUGUCUCAGGAGCUGUACUCGGUUCUUGAAGGCAUUAAAAGGGGCCUAAUUGAAGAUAAGAAAGGCUGGACUAUCGAGAUCUCAUAAGGCCUCUUUCCAUCCUGAAAUGCAUUGAUCAAAAUCAAAUGUGAUGUCUCAAAAUAUGUUCAAGAGGGGGAGUGAAUUGGACUUAAAACAAUUUUUUGAUUCUUACUCAAAACCUUUGAAAAA